UACAUUGCUGGGCGGAAAUGAUAGUAUAACUCUUGAUUCUUGUUAGAUGUAAGCGCGGUCUAUUGGAAUUUAACAGACGAGAAAUUUUAUUUUUCCAUCUUGCGUGUGAGGUUUGGUGUUGAUCUGUGGACUGAUCUGCAGUUUGAGAGCAUUGUUUUCAUGGCUGCGCCUGCUCUACAACAGCCCAGUUACCUUCUGGCCAAUUUAAAGGCAGACUGGACCAAUAAACCUCUUUAUCAGAGAUGUCACGAGUUGGUCAAAAUUAUAGAUGAGUACCCUGCUAAGGAGCUGCAUGCAAUCUUUCCCUGGUUGGUGGAGAGUGUGUUCGGAAGCCUGGAUGGAAUCCUUGCUGGCUGGAAUCUUCGAUUUUUGCAGGCCCGCUCAACUGAAUACAACAUCGUCAUGGACUUCCUGGAUCCAAGUGGCCCGAUGAUGAAAUUAGUGUACAAGCUACAAGCUGAGGAGUACAAAUAUGAGUUUCCAGUCAGUUAUCUGCCGGGGCCUAUAAAGUCAUCCAUUCAGGCUGGAGUUCUUCCUGAUUGUCCUCUGUUUCAUAAUAAAAUUCAGUUCCCCACGUCAGGCCUUCUAUUGCUCAAUCCUUUUGAAUAUUAUAUGUUCAACUUUGCCUCCAGUCUCACUGCACCAAAGAACUACCCCCCAGGGCCACAUGGCUGUUGCUCAGACAGUGCAUACUUUGUGCUUGUUGACAUCUACCUCAAGUACUUCCUCCCUACAGAGGGCAAUGUGUCUCCAUCACCUUUCUCAGACACCAGGGGCACUGUGGCCUCUCCUGUUCCAAGGUCUUCUAAUGUGCCUUAUGUUGGAUAUGGUAGUCACAGCAGCAGUCUAUUGAAGCGUCAUAUAACCCAUCAGCCCUCAGUCAACGCUGACCCUGCUGCUCAGGAGAUCUGGAGAUCAGAGACGCUUCUACAGGUGUUUGUGGAAAUGUGGCUCCAUCACUAUUCUCUGGAGAUGUACCAGAAGCUGCAGUCUCCUCAGGUGAAGCUGGCGUUGUUGCAGUACCGCCUCAGUAUGUCCAGCAUGCUGUGCCAACCCCCUGCCCCACCAGGCUCUGGGACCCUCCACACAUACCAAGAGCCCUACAUGCCUUCGGAAGAGCACGUCCUUGUUGUCCGUCUCCUGGUCAAGCAUCUACACACCUUCUCCAGCAGCCUGAAGCAGGAGCCAAUCUCCUCCUCGCCCUCCACCCACUCCCACAGCAGUCCCCUGGAGGAGCUCAAAUGUGUGGUGGUGCAGAGGUUUGUCCAGCAGAAGCUGUAUGUCUUCUUACAACACUGCUUCGGUCACUGGCCUUUGGACACCUCUUUCAGAGCGGUAUUAGAGACAUGGCUUAGUUACAUUCAACCCUGGAGAUACACUGGAGAAAAAAACAAUCUGCAAGCAGAUGGCCAGAACAAAACUGUUCCUGAUAAAUGGGCAUCAUUUGUCCAGGAGAAUCUGCUUAUGUACACCAAGCUUUUCCAGGGCUUUUUGAACCGAGCCAUGCGGACAGACUUGGUCAAUGCCAAAAAUGCCCUGAUGGUCUUUAGGGUAGCCAAAGUCUUUGUUCAACCAAACCUAGCAGAGAUGAUCCAGAAAGGAGAGCAGCUGUUCUUGGAGCCAGAGCAUGCUAUCCUGCAACGUCAGAACCGUAUCUUCCUAACACCUUCACAUGGCGGCAGCUUCCUUUCUUCCCGCCAGCCAAUAGGGACAGACGUUGUCUUUAAGGUCAAAAGUCAUGUGUACAGCCUUGAGGGGCAGGACUGCCAAUACAAGCUGAUGUUUGGCCCUGAGCUACGAAAUACCGUAUUAAAGCUGAUCCAGAUUAUUGCCCAAGCCAGACAGACAGGUAAACGAAUAUCAGAUCACUCUACAGAGAUGGCUGCAAACAACUCUUUUCUCUCGUGGUUUGGUGUUGGCUCCUCAGAUCAUAACACCUUUACUGGUGGAGAGAUGGAUGAUAUGGGAGAGGGUGUGAAAAAGACUCACGAGUUCCUAGACAAAGCCCUGGAGUACCUCUGUCAAAUAUUCCGGUUGAAUGCAGGACAGCUGUCUCAGCUGAUGGCUAAUGUGGCAUCAGUAGAUGAUAAUGGGGGGUCUAAACAACUUCCAGACUGCAUGCCGAGUGAGAAUGGCCUUGUGUUAACAGACUUGGGCAGGUUGCAGAUCAUCAAUGGUCUUCGCAGGUUUGAAAUUGAAUAUCAAGGAGAUCCAGAACUUCAGCCUAUAAGGAGCUAUGAAAAUGCUUUUUUGGUACGACUGCUGUUCCAGAUAUCAUCUUUUAUCAAUGCAAGGUUUGGAGACCACAUGGAGGCGCUGUGUUCUCGGAAGGACUUCCUGGGCAGUGUAGGAAGACACUAUUUGACCAGUUCCUCAGCUGUGGCAGAGCAACGGCGGAGGAGCCCGGUGACGGGUCAGAUGAGAGGACAUCCACAGCGACCCUGGCUCAGCCUGCGGGUACUGGCCAGCUAUCGCACACUCCUCCUGCUUCUCCUGCUCUACAUUGUGUUUGCACUACUCUCUUUUGGUGUUUUCUCCAGCACUGGACUCAUUCUCAUUGUUAGCUUUCUAUACGAGCUCAUGUUGAAUUUCCUCUGUGAAAAACUAAAGACUCAGUAGUUCACUUUGUUUGCUGCCUUUUAUUUGCUCUUUUUUUUAUGUCAAUACAAAACUCCCAGUGUCCUGUUGUUAAAGGUUUUUUUUUUUUUUUAAAUGCAAGUGCGAUUUGGUACUUUUAAGGACAAAAACAGAACAGGAGCUUGGUAUUAAGGGAAUACUUUAAUUCACAGUAUCUGUAGGUAUAUUUUAAACCAUACUAAAGUGGUUAAAUUCAGCUUUUUUGACAUUGUUCUUUUAAAAUUGCAUUGCUUUAAGAACAAUCCAAAAUUUGCACUGCAACUGAUUGUAUUUCAUUAAACAGACAUAAUGAAUGUCUAAUGUGUAAUUACUGGAUUUGCAUGAUUGGAAAUCGACAAACAUGGAUAUCUAUCAAAUCUCCAGGUAAGGUCAAACUGAGAGUGGAUUUAGUGUGUUAAAGGAAUAGUUCACCCAAAAAAUGAAAAUGUAU